UUCUCUUUCGUUGCAGGACAAAUAUUACAAGGUUAAGUCAAGCCUUGAGAACGUCAGCAACGUCUUAUAGAGCGCUGCAAUCAUUCAAGUUCAACUCUCGUAGCUAUUUGUAUUUUAUUUUAACUUUAAUUUUAAUUGUUGGCUAAUGACAGAGAAGCUAAUUCGAGAAAAUAUUUAUGACUUGCGAACACAUUUCCUCGUUUAGCGGACGUCAUUCGCUCAUCCUUGUCUCACUGGCUCGCUCCUUUCCUUAUGAGUUUUCCCGCGCUACUCUCAAUGUGAAACAACACACCGAAUUGUCAGCCUGUAGUGGUAGCAAGCUAGCGUUUUUGUGACAAUUUAACAUAAUUUACAACGGUUUACCGGAGCUGUUAGUAUAUUUCAGGUAAUGCCGUCCUCAGAGUACGACUCGGCCUGUCUGCCGGACUUAUUACCUCUGUACUACCGACGGCUGUUCCCCUUCUCCCAGUAUUAUCGCUGGCUAAACUAUGGAGGAGUGCAGAAGAACUACUUUCAGAAUCGAGAGUUCUCCUUCACACUAAAAGAUGACAUCUACGUCCGCUACCAGUCGUUCAGCACACAAAACGAGCUGGAGAAGGAAAUGCAGAAGAUGAACCCUUACAAGAUUGACAUUGGAGCAAUAUACAGUCACAGGCCCAAUCAACACAACACAGUGAAGUCAGGAACCUUCCAGGCCCUGGAGAAGGAGCUGGUGUUUGAUAUCGAUAUGACAGAUUAUGAUGAUGUCAGAAGCUGUUGCAGUGCUGCAGACAUUUGCUCCAAGUGCUGGACCCUGAUGACCAUCGCCGUUCGCAUUCUGGAUAGAGCUCUUCGAGAGGACUUUGGUUUCCAGCACCUGCUGUGGGUUUAUUCUGGAAGAAGAGGAGUGCAUUGCUGGGUGUGUGAUGAAGCUGCCAGGAAGCUCUCGGUAGCAGCACGCUCUGCAGUUGCAGAAUACCUCAGUCUGGUUAAGGGAGGUGAAGAGACGGUGAAGAAAGUUGUUUUGACAGAUCCAAUUCAUCCAUUUAUCAGAGAGUCUUUGACAGUGGUGAAGCGAUACUUUUCCCGGUACGCACUACAGGACCAGGACAUACUGGGCCGCAAGGAAUCUAUAGACAAAGUGCUGGGACUUGUGCCUGAAGAUGUAAGAAAAGAAUUGCAGCAGGACUUCCAGAACGAGAAGAAACCUGAGAACCGUUGGAGAUUGAUCAAGGAACAAGCCAGUAGGAAACAGGGCACUGCCAAGAAGGGCCAGUACUUUGAGAAAGAAAUCAUGCUGCAGUAUUGUUACCCACGGCUCGAUGUGAAUGUCAGUAAAGGUGUGAACCAUUUGCUGAAGAGCCCCUUCAGUGUCCAUCCCAAAACAGGGCGCAUUUCUGUUCCCAUGGACCUCAAAGAAUUAGAUACAUUUGAUCCUUUUGCUGUGCCCACAAUCAGUCUGAUCUGUGAGGAGCUGGAUCUGCCCAGGGCAGGUGAAGAGGAAGAGAAGUCAGAGGAUAUCAAGGAGAAAGAAAACGAGAAGGAUGCAGCAGAGAGACGAAAGAUCAGAGAUUACAAAAGAACCAGCCUGGCGAAGUAUGUGAAAUACUUUGAUCAGUUUCUGGAUGGAAUGGCUCGUGCAUGGAAAGGAGAACUUCUCAGAAAAAGUGAUCUUCAGAAAGAAUUCUGAACAGGAUCAACAAUCAGGAAGUGAUACAGAAGAGGCAUUGUUAAUAGCUCCCUGUUACUUAAUGUGUGCGAUGCAGACUGUAUGAACAAUACUUUCAUCCAAAUCUGUUUUAUUAUACUCAUAUGAGACUCAGCAAUAAUACAUUCAUACAAAAAAUAAAUGUGUACAGUUAGGUGUAGCCUAUGACAGUGAAGGGCUACAUGUUAUCACUAGGGGACAAUAAAGAAAAUAUGAGAAAUUGUAUAACAAAUAAUAAUGCACAAUUUUGAAUAAAGAUAUCAUAUUUUA